AUGGGCAUGUCUGUCCCCCAUCACCCCUCCCCCGGCCCCUCUCCGCCCAUCAGGGAGUGCCAAGUGCCCCUGCUGGAGAAGAACUCAAACCACUCACACCUGGAUCCCCACCCGGAGGACGCCUAUCUGCUCCGGGGACAGCCCACCUCCACGGGGACUGCCAACCAUCACAGUCAGUCCACGCUGCGGCCCCCACUCCCGCCUCCUCACAACCACCACACCGUGUCGCACCAGUCUGCCAACAGCCUGAACAGAAACACACUGAGAGGGGGACGCAACCCCAUCCACGCCCCUGCUCCGGGCACAGGGGAUGGGCCCACCACCCCUGAGUCCGUCCAGCUACAGGACAGCUGGGUGCUCAACAGCAACGUCCCAUUAGAGACCAGGCACUUCUUGUUCAAGACUUCAUCAGGGACCACGCCGCUCUUCAGCAGUUCGUCCCCCGGUUAUCCUCUGACUUCUGGGACAGUGUACUCGCCGCCCCCUCGCCUGUUACCCCGAAACACCUUUUCCCGUUCGGCGUUCAAACUAAAGAAACCCUCCAAAUACUGCAGCUGGAAAUGUGCCGCGGUGUCGGCCAUAGCAGCAGCCGCCCUCCUGGCCAUCCUACUGUCCUACUUCAUCGCCAUCAACUUGCUGGGCCUGACAUGGCAGUUGAAGCCAUCCGACGGCCCCAUGCUCAACAACGGACUGGGAGCGGGCUUGCCUGUCAACAGCGAUGUGGCCACGUUGCCCUCUGGAGGCAGAGUCUCUUUUCCCCUGGCGCCAGGUCCAUGGGCGGGACGCAACAGCAGUAUAGACACUGGCAGCGUGGAGGUCGGGAGGAGGGUGAGCCAAGAGGUGCCCCCUGGAGUGUUCUGGAGGUCCCUGCUUCACCUCAGCCAGCCGCAGUUUCUGAAGUUCAACAUAUCACUGGGCAAAGACGCACUGUUCGGAGUCUACAUCCGCAAAGGCCUGCCUCCAUCCCAUGCACAGUAUGACUACAUGGAGCGCCUGGACGGUAAGGAGAAGUGGAGCGUGGUGGAGUCUCCCAGAGAGCGACGGAGUAUCCAGACCGUGGUCCUGAACGAGGCCGUCUUUGUCCAGUACCUCGACGCCGGGGCCUGGCACUUGGCUUUUUACAACGACGGCCGAGAACGGGAAACUGUCUCCUUCAGCACCAACAUCAUGGAAGGAGGCAGCCCAGAAAGGAGGCAACCCAGAGAGGAGGGAGCCCAGAGAGGAGGGAGCCCAGAGAGGAGGAGGAGGGAGCCCAGAGAGAAGGGAGCCCAGAGAGGAGGGAGCCCAGAGAGGAGGGAGCCCAGAGAGGAGGCAGCCCAGAGAGGAGGCAGCCCAGAGAGGAGGCAGCCCAGAGAGGAGGCAGCCCAGAGAGGAGGCAGCAGCCCAGAGAGGAGGCAGCAGCCCAGAGAGGAGGCAGCAGCCCAGACAGGAGGCAGCAGCCCAGAGAGGAGGGAGCCCAGAGAAGAGGCAGCCCGGCGAGGAGGCAGCCCGGAGAGGAGGCAGCCCAGAGAGGAGGCAGCCCAGAGAGGAGGCAGCCCAGAGAGGAGGGAGCCCGGAGAGGAGGCAGCCCGGAGAGGAGGCAGCCCAGAGAGGAGGCAGCCCAGAGAGGAGGCAGCCCAGAGAGGAGGGAGCCCAGAGAGGAGGCAGCCCGGAGAGGAGGCAGCCCAGAGAGGAGGAGAGAGCCCAGAGAAGAGGCAGCCCGGCGAGGAGGCAGCCCUGAGAGGAGGGAGCCCUGAGAGGAGGCAGCCCGGAGAGGAGGCAGCCCAGAGAGGAGGCAGCCCAGAGAGGAGGCAGCCCAGAGAGGAGGGAGCCCGGAGAGGAGGCAGCAGCCCAGAGAGGAGGCAGCCCAGAGAGGAGGCAGCCCAGAGAGGAGGCAGCCCAGAGAGGAGGCAGCCCAGAGAGGAGGGAGCCCGGAGAGGAGGCAGCCCGGAGAGGAGGCAGCCCAGAGAGGAGGCAGCCCAGAGAGGAGGCAGCCCAGAGAGGAGGUCGUGUCAGGAUUGA